AAGAUGGUUCAAGAAAUAGUACCAAACGACGAGUGGAAUUUGUGAGAUCGAACUGCGAGCAAAAAAGCGAGACACGGGCGCGUUUUGUGUCGAUCCAAGUGAUUGCUCUGCUAAAGAAUUUAUCAGUGAAAUAUAAUUAAAGUACAUAAAUGAAUUAAAUAUUGAAAUAAAUCAAAAGGAAUGGAAAACAGAAAAACAAAUUACAAUUUGUCAAAUAAAUGUCAACGGCAAAAUUGGGAGACUGACAUAAUGUGUGAGAGUGGCAAAGGCAGUAGUUGUUGUUUUCAUGGUGUUGCCUGCCAAAGAGAUUCAAGUGUGAAUAAAUAAUAAUAACAACAACAGCAGCAAAACACCCAACUCAAGUGUUGAAACGAAAAGAGCGAGCAUAGCUGUCCCAACCCCAUAAAAAAAUAGAAAAAAUGUUUUUGUUGGUGGCGCGAUAUAAAAAAGUGAAUUAAAAUCAAGUAAAUUUUUUAAUAUUAAAAGAAGUAAUAAUUUUCCAAACCCCCAACACACUCACACAUACUUACGCAUUAUUUAUCAGCAGUGAACAAAGAAAGCCAAAAGCACAGUGUUAUGAACAAAAUCCCACUCUCAAUUUUUCUCGUUGAUGUCUCAUCGUUUGGUUUGGUUUGUUAUUCAUUGAUAAUACAGCUGAGUACUUGAGAACGACACCCAGAGAGAGAGAGAGAGAGAGCAACAACCUCUCCUACUCUCAAAAUACACACAAACAAAACAAAAACAGAUCGUUGCUCAACGGAUUUUAGCAAACAGUUGACAACUUUCAAGGUUGGGCCAUCGUUGUUCUGAACCACCUGAAACAGAAACAGAAAAUUCUACGACGGUACGACAACGACGACGACGGUAUAUCCAGUUUUGUGUUACGUUUCCGGUUUACCGGUUCCUGCGGCGGCGUCAUGACUUCACAGCAAUGUCUGUGCAUCAAACGGUUUCUAAUUAUCGGCAUCGGAUUUCUAUCGAUCCUGGCCGGUCUCUAUUUGUACCUGAAUUGGAUAGACAUGUUUACGGAAAUGCGUGGAAAGGAAAUGGUUUUGAGCCCCACCUCUCCCACCUAUGACGGCUGGAAGGUAUCACCCCUGCCACUGGACUUUGAUGUGUAUCUAUUCAAUUGGACAAAUCCCGAAGAUUUUUACGAGGGAUCCCCACGAAAGCCUCGUUUCGAGCAAUUGGGCCCCUAUAGAUUUCGUGAAACGCCAGAUAAAGUCGAUAUUGUCUGGCAUCCGAGUAAUUAUUCGGUGUCGUUUCGAAAGAAGGCCACGUUUCAAUUUGACCCGGAGGGCAGCAAUGGAACGUUGGAUGAUAUUGUAACCACUGUGGAUACAGUGGCACAUUCUGCCGCUCUGCGAGCCAAAGAUGCCAGUGGCUUUCAAAAGGGCAUCCUAGCCAUGACUCUAAGCAGUCGCCAGGUGACGGUGACCAAGACCGCCAAUGAAUGGCUAUUCAAGGGUUACAAAGAUCCGCUGGUCACAAUCGGAGGAUUUGUGGCGAAAUUCGUAAAAGAAGUUGAGGUUCCAUACGAUCGUAUAGGAUGGCUAUAUACGCGCAACGGUAGCUCCACCUAUGAUGGCCACUUCAAUAUGUUUACAGGCGCCGAUAAUAUUGCCAAAAUGGGUCAGAUCUAUAGCUGGAACUAUAGAACUCAUAAUGGCGCAUUUCCCGGUGCAUGUGGUCGUGUGCGCGGCUCAAUGGGUGAAUUUUUCCCACCCAAUUUAACACCGAAAGAUUCGGUCUGGAUGUAUGUGCCAAAUGUAUGCCGUACGGUGCCAUUGGAUUAUACCGAAACGGUCAGCGUGCAUGGUGUGACGGCUUACAAAUAUAGCGGAACUGAGAGAUCGGUGGAUAAUGGUACCAUUUAUCCCGAAAACAAAUGCUUCUGUGUCAACAAUAAAUGUGAAGCCUCCGGAGUCUUUAGCAUAGCUCCCUGUAAAUAUAACUCAUCGAUUUAUAUGUCCUAUCCCCAUUUCUAUAAAGCCGAUCCGAUAUACCUGGAAGCCAUUGAAGGUUUGAAGCCGGAAAAGGAGAAACAUGAAUUCUUUAUGACCCUCGAACCAAAUGCCGGUGUACCCAUGGAUGUGGGCGGGGGCUUUCAGGCGAAUUAUUUGAUGGAGCCAGUGGCGGGGAUAAGACCCUAUCACAACAUCCCGCGCACCUUCAUACCGAUAAUGUGGGCCGAAGAGCGGGUACGAGUCACACCAGAAAUUGCCUCAGACAUUGCGCUGGUGCCGUUGAUUGUCUUGAUUGGCCAGCUAAUAACGGGUGUACUCUUCGCCCUGGGUGCCAUUAUGAUCUGUUGGUAUCCAACGAAAUUUGUCACCCACCUCUGUCAAGAUCCCAAGGGGAAAAAUGUCCUCCUCAAAACAUUCUCACGAAGUAGCGCAACAACAACGACGACAAGUGCGAGUGUGACAACUGCCGCCAAUGCCGCAGCUCCCAAUAGGCAUAAAGAACAGGUGUCUCUGUUGGAGCGUAAUGUGGGCGGUGUUAGUCUACUGCGUGCCCAGGGUUCCCAAACGGAGGGUUUACUUAGUAAUACUUCUUCACGGACCAGUUCAACUGAUGUGAUAACCUGCUGAAGCGCGGUGGGUAGGCAACAACAACGGCGGUGGUGGUGGUGAGGAAAGGAAUUGAUUGGAUGAUGAGGAAAAUUGCCGGUUUGAAAUGUUGUUAAAUUUGAAUUGCUAUACAGGUUUAAUAUAUCCUCUUCUAUUGAGAAGACCUUGCCAUGGUCUUCUAUGGAAAAGACUUUCCCUAGGUAUUAUCUAUGGAGAAAACCUUUUUUCAGAUCUUCUCUAUAGGGAAGUCCCUCUUCAGGUCUUUUCUAUAGUCAAGACUAGGAGAGGGUCCAAGUCUUCUUUGUGGAAAAGUCCCUCUCCAAGUCUUCUCAAGGACUUGUUCUUUGAACAAGACCCCUUCCAGGUCUUGUGUAGGGUAAAGACCUUUUCUAUAGAAAAUAUCAUUUCCAGGUCUUGUCUAUAGAGAAUAUAGAAGACGUCUGGUAAGCUUUCCCUCUAGAAGACCUCUAGAAGGUUUUCUCCAUAGAAGAAUUCGAGGAGGUCAUCUCCGUAGAAGAACUCAAGGAAGUCUUCUCCUUAGAAGACCUUUAGAAGAUAUUUCAAUAGAAGGCUUGUAGAAGGUCUUUUUUAAAGAAGACCUCUGGAACGUUCUUUUUAUAGAAGACCUCUGGAAGGUCUUUUUUUAGAAGACCUCUGGAAGCUCUUUUUUAGAAGACCUCUGGAAGGUCUUCUCCCAUCUCCACAUCUUCUUUAUACACAGAAGGAAUCUUUUCCAGGACUUGUUCCAUGGACAAGACCUCUCCAGAUCUUCUCUAUGGAGAAGGCUCUCUUCAGGUCUUCUGUAGGGAAAAGACCUUUUGCAAGCCUUUCCAUAGAAAAGACCAUUUCUUGUCUAUGGAAAAUAUCUUCUCCAGGUCUUGUCUCCUUCUUCACGCCUUCUUUAUGGACAAGAACUUCUUAAGGUCUUUGCUGUGGACCCUCUUCAGGUCUUGCCUAUGGAAAAUACCUUCACUAAGUCUUCUCUAUGGAAAAGACGAUUUCCAGGUCUUGUUUAUGGAAAAUAUCGUUUCCAGGUCUUGUCUAUGGAAAAUACCUUCUCCAGCUCUUCUUUAUGGACAAGAACUUCACAAGGUCUUUGCUAUGGACCUAACACUUUCCAGGUCUUGCCUAUGGAAAAUACCUUCUCCUAUACCCCCUCCAGGUCUUGUCUAUGGACAAUGCCCUCUUCAGGUUUUCGCUAUGGACAAUACCUUCUCCAAGUCUUCUCCAUGGAAAAUACCUUUUCCAGGUCUUAUCUAUGGAAAAAACCUUUUCCAGGUCUUCUUUAUGGAAAAAACCUUCUCUAGGUCUUCCCCAUGGAAAAAACCUUAUCCAGGUCUUCUUUAUGGACAAGAACUUCUAAAGGUCUUUUCUAUGGACCUAACACUUUCCAGGUCUUGUCUAUGGACUAUACCGCCUCCAGGUCUUGGCUAUGGACAAUAUCCUCUUCAGGUCUUCCCUGUAGAAAAUACUUUCUCCUAUACCCCCUCCAGGUCUUGUCUAUGGAAAAGGCCAUUUCCAGCUCUUGUCUAUGGAAAAUACCCUCUUCAGGCCUUCCCUAUGGAAAAUAUCUUUUCCAGGUCUUUGAUUUAUGGAAAAAAAACCUUCUUCAGGGCUUUUCCAUGCUUUACAAGUUUAAUAUAUCUUCGGAAAAGUUAACAAAAAAGUUUUUAAAAAUUUAUAUUUUCCAAAAUUUCUGUAGGUUUUUUCUAAAAUAUGUAAAUAGUUGUAAUUUCACAAUAAAUUAAUUUAAAGGUAUUUUGAAAUGAUUUAAGAUAUUAUUUAAAGUUGGGAAGGCCAUUCGAAAAUUCCCCAAUAACAAGUUUUUUUUGUUUUUUUUUUUAAAUAUUUUUUUAAAAUUUCCUCCCUUUUAAAAACAAACAAAAAUCCAAUCAAUUCUCCCACCCCCAGUUGUUGUGAAAAAUUGUAUUUUUUAUUAUUAAAUAAACAAACAACAAAUGAAGUCCCAUUUUGUGCUAUUUUGUAAAUAUUGUAUUAAAAAAGUUAAUUAAUUAAAGAAUUAUUUGAAAUAAGUUCAAAAAAAAAAAAAUAAUUAGAAUAUUUUUUUUUAUUGUAUCAUAAUUGCAUUUUGAGAAAGAGUUCAAAGUCCAUUGGCCAAUAGUGGAAUCAAAUCCGAGGCCAUAAACAACGAAUGACAAUUACAUUUAUAGCCGAUACCCACACCUAGCUACCUACAUGCACACAUACAUAUGUCAUUAUAAUAUUCUACCCUAAGAAGCCAGCUUUAAUUUAGAAGUAAUUACAAAACAA